AUGGAUUUGAUUGAUAUUCAUUCGAAAUUACAAAUUUUAUGCGAUCGAUCACCUCAUCUUCAUUCAUUAAAAUUUUUUUCAUGGUUUGCUCAAGAUGAAUUUCCAUUUGGUAUAAAACAUUCAUCCAUUCGACAACUUGAUUUACAAGGACCAAAUAUUGUAUAUAAUCAACAACAAUGUUUGGAAUUAAGUCGUUCAUUUAUCGGUCAACAAUGUGAGGUUCUUUUUAUUACUGUUAAGCAACGAACAGAUAUAAUUGAUUUGAUUAAUAAUAUGAAAAAUCUUCGUGCAUUAAUCGUACAAUGUACUAAGACAAUGUCAAUGCAGAAAGAAAAUGAAAAUCUACUUGAAUGGUUACAACAACAUUUGCCAAUGACAUGCUCAAUUUAA